AUGGUGAUGGACCCCAAGGCCUACAAUCGGUUGCAGAGGAUGUGGGGCCUGCCCCGCACCAAACUGCGUCGCCAGAUCGCUGCUGCCCGCGGCGAUCAGGAGAACACGGCCACUAGGAAGAGCACCAAGCGAGUCCGGCCGCCGCCCGACAAGGGCAAGGAGCGACUCUCGUCCCUGGCCGACGUCGCCGCCGCCGCAGAGGAGCCACACGCCGAACACGCGCCUCAUGUCGAUAGCACGGACGGCGUGGGCGACGACGACGACAACUACGAUGAGACGACGGGCGGCUGGUGGCAGCUGACGGACGCCGAGCGGGACAUGCUGCCGAUGGCGUUCCCGGAAGCCGAGAUGGAUCAGAUAUGGGACUGGACGCGCACAAACGUUGAGUUCGUGCGCGAUGCAGCCGCCUGGAGCGCAAUGGUGAGGAAGUAUGCGAAGGACAAGUCUAUUCCAAACCUUAACAUCAAUUUGAACUGGGCGCGCUACAACGUGAAGAAGGACGAGAAGAGUAUCCUGCCCAGGAGCUUUGUGUCAAAGAGCAAGCUCAUGACCGAGCUGACGCACCUGGUCCACUUGACGAUCAAUCCCUGCGAGUGUCAGUUCUCCGCCACAGCUUUCCAGAAUCUUACUCGAUUCACCAAUCUCAGGUCGCUUGGAGUGGAUGGCCUGGAUUGUGUGAGUGAUGAAGUCCUCGAGCCAUUUACGGCACUGCAAAACCUGGUUCACUUGGGUCUCCAGAAUUUCUCUUCAGGCCUCAAGAGCCUCGACCUGGGCCAAGGUCAGAUCAUUACACAGGACAACCUACCCACCCUCUUCCGCAUCUUCCCCGGGCUCGUAGGGCUGACCCUUGACAGUUCUCCGAGAGUAACGGAUGAGCUUGCCAUGCGCCUCCCCUAUGCCAGGGGCUCGUCUUCGUCAUCUUCAUUUUCUUCAUCGGCAGCCCCGAGCUACUGCCCGCUCAUUUCCCUCAGCCUCCAGGGCUGUGGUGAGCUGAGCCAGUUUGGUGUCAACACCAUCUGCCCAGAGUACUUCCCCUUCCUUACCGCACUCUCGGUGGGCCACUGUGCUUCACUCCCCGCCGAGUUGGCUCUGCUGACCAGACUCUCCCGCCUGGACAUCAGCGGAAUCAUCAAUCUACCGUCGGACAUCAGUCACAUUCUUGCCCGCCUCGAGGGGCUCACCUACUUGGGCGUGGCCAAUACGGGCAUGCUCUUUGAUGACUUGUGCACAGUGGGCAACACCCUGCGCAGGCUGACCGAGUUUGAUGUGACCUCUUGCCAUGCUGUCAAGGGACACGAGGGAUUGCUCCAGCUGCGCCUCCCUCCCGGCUGUAAGCUCAUCUUCUGA